GGCGGGAAAAUGGCGUCGGCAGUUUGAACCACGCGCAUGCGCGGGAGGUGGUCACGUGGAAAAAUGACAGAUGGCUGGCGGCUGGACACUUUGCCGUCGGACGUUUUAAUCCUAAUUUUCGACUACUGUCAUGCCUUCGACCUUGUCCGUCUCAGCGAAGUGUGCACGCGAUUUCACGAGAUCAUUAAAGACGACACACUAUGGAUCAAGAGGAGUAAAAAGCCGAUCGCGACCAACCAGGUGUCGAAAAGGUUCCGCGAAAGAUGUAACCCGUUGUUAUGCCUUCACACAAAAUGGCACGUGACCCAGAACUGGCAAAAUGGCAAAUACGAGAGGAAAAUUCUACUCUCGAAGAAGACCAAACUGAUGCCAUGGAUGCAACUAACGAGCAGCACUUUAUGGUGGAGCGGAGGCCCUGAAAUACGUGGCUACCGUAGGAGCGAUCCCUUCAACAAGUCUAACGUAGUCUUUAGCGUUAAACAUACGAACGAUGUCUGUAAAUUCAUUGUUAAGGAUGAUAACGUUUACUGCGGUAGCAGAGACGGAGGCUUGCAAGUAUGGAAUAGGGAUCAAUGUUGUACCUUAAAUAUAGAGAACGCACACAAUGGCGAUGUGCAUGCCUUAGACGUUACAUCUUCGUACUCAAUCGUCUCGGGGUCAAGGGAUGGUACCGUAAAGAUUUGGAAUACCACUCUGAUCGAUGUCGAAAGCACUCCGCCUCCAACUCUACACAUGUUGGACAGGGUCUGGUCGCUCGCUGUCGAACCGACUGGAACCAAGUUUGCAGUGGGACUGUCAGGAGUCAAUGAUAGAAUUCCACUUAGAAUAUAUGACAUGGAAUGUUUUAGCGAACCAAAUGUACUUGUUCACAACUGGAGACUGGGUGCCGGAAUUUUGGACAUGGUCUGGGACGAUCCCAACACGUUACUUACUUGUGGUUACGAUUCCUACACCAGGAAGUGGGAUUUGAGAACUGCUUCCUGCGUCAAUAUAUGGCCCGAUCCCACAAACGCUUCAAUAUACUGCAUAUCCUCCGACCACCACAAUGCAGUAAUUACUGGAGCCCAAGUCAAUGCUAAAGCCGUCUUAUGGGAUCAACGACAAACGAAAUACGUACAGGUGUACUUCCUGAGCAAACGCUGCAUGUCAGGCCCUGUGUACAGCUUGAGCUUCGAUAGCUGCCACCUCUACGGAGCAAUGGACCAGUCCCUCGUAGAGCUGAAAUUCUCAGGCUAUUCUUACACUGAGAACAACUACAACGAGAUCCUAAAGUUUCUGACCGACUGAAUCGACAUUAGCUAGGCUAGACUAAUUAACGUAAUCCA